AUGCUACGCGCGUGCCCGCUGCUGCUGCGCCGCCGCGGUGCCGGCAUCAUCGGCCUCCCCAACGUUGGGAAGUCGACGCUCUUCAACGCCCUCACGUGCAGCCAGCAGGCCAAGACGGGCAACUUCCCCUUCUGCACCAUCGACGCGAAUCUCUCAAAGGUCCCUGUGGUGGACGAGCGGCUGCGUAGGCUCGCCGCCUUCACAGGGGCGCAGAAGAUCGUCGACGUUGAGAUUGACCUCGCGGAUGUGGCGGGGCUCAUCGAGGGCGCAUCGAAGGGCGCCGGGCUCGGCAACAAGUUCCUCAACGACAUUCGCCCAUGCACCAUUCUACUGCACAUGGUGCGGUGCUUUGAGAGCANCCGGGCUCGGCAACAAGUUCCUCAACGACAUUCGCCCAUGCACCAUUCUACUGCACAUGGUGCGGUGCUUUGA